AUGUCGAAGGUCACAGCGCGCUCACAAUGGAGCUCUCGGAGUAUGUGCAGAAAGGCUUCCAGAUGCUGGCCGAUCCCGGCUCGUUUGACUCCAGCGCCUUCACGCUUCUCCUCCGGGUGGCUUUCCAGAGCCUGCUGGACGCCCAGGCGGACGAGGCUGUGUUAGACCACCCAGACUUGAAACAUAUCGACCCAGUGGUUUUGAAACAUUGUCAUGCAGCAGCUGCAACUUACAUACUGGAAGCAGGGAAGCAAAGAGCUGAUAAAUCAACCCUAAGCACUUAUCUAGAAGACUGUAAAUUUGAUAAAGAACGAAUAGAACUGUUUUGCACUGAAUAUCAGAAUUAUAAGGAUUCCCUAGAAACCCUGCUGGGAAGUAUAGGCAGAUCUCUCCCUCAUAUAACCGAUGUUUCUUGGCGUUUGGAAUAUCAGAUAAAGACCAAUCAGCUUCAUAAGAUGUACAGACCUGCAUAUUUGGUGACCUUAAAUGUAGAGAACACUGAUUCCCAAUCCCAUCCAGAGAUUAGUUUUAGUUGCAACAUGGAACAAUUACAGGACUUAGUGGGGAAACUUAAAGAUGCUUCGAAAAGCCUGGAAAGAGCAACCCAAUUUUAACUUGGGCAAGGUAGCGAUCCGUCUGGGUCUAGAAGACGACCGGGAACUCCUUGCCGUCCUGUCGGCCAAACCAUCGUUUGUGCGACCUGGAUAUCACCUUUCUGUAAUAGAAAAAAAAAAAUCAUUUUGGAUUUAUGCCACUCAAUAAUUUUGACACUUUUUUAUGCUUGUGAAAGAUUUAAGAGGGAAAUUCUGCCUACGUAUGUGAAUCUUUAGUAUUAACUGUACAUUGAUCCAUUUUAAUCAUUUUUCAAGUCUUGCAAAAGGAAAUAGACAGUAUUUACAUUCUGAAUAAAUAAGUU